UUAUAAAGCUUGCUGUUAAUAAUUCGCGCCCUUAAAAAAUAGCCCACUGCUCAUUUUUCCAAGAAGACUUGAUAUUGAAGUGUCACAAGAUUUGUAGUUCUGUCAACACUUGUAGGGUAUGACAGAAACAGCACUGAAGAAAUGGAGGUCUUUGGCAUUACUGGAAGCAUUUCUCAAAAGCCGACAGGCUCUGAUGUCAUGGAAGGUGAUUCUGCUGGAGCUGAAAUGAGUACUGCCUGUGAUGUCAAGGUGGGUAGUUCAUUUCAGAAUGAAAACAGCACUGCCCCACCGUCACCUAAAAGAAUGAGGCUUGACAUAGACAGAGUGGAACUGCCGGCAGCAGAUAUGCCUUUCCACACUAACAACUGCGAAACUCCACUCACUGAAGCUGGAAAAGAAAGACUGCUUGCACAAAGUGGGGCUAGUUCUCUGCCACACUAUAUUUUACAGCAAAGUGACACCACAAAAAAACAAUCGAGAGAGGAGAGUGAGAAGGCAGAGAUUGUGGAGUUUGCAGAGGAAAGUAUAGUACACAAUCAAGAGAGUUGUAACCCAUUGUGUCCAAUAAGUCAUAGAGCAGCGGAGGGAAGUCAAGAUAGACCCGACUGUCUUUUUAGAGAAAAUGUGCAUGCCUGUGAUGGAGAGACAAAAACCGAAGUUAACGAGGAACGCAUAGUGUGUGACGAGGAGAUGGCUGAUUAUGCGAGCCCAGGCUCCAUCUUUACUUAUGAUAUCUCAUUAAGUGGUGAUUUGGGAAGUAAUGUGCCCGAGAUCAAUGUGUCUCUUGCUCACAGUGUUCCCGUUGAUGCAGCCCUGUGGCUUUCCGCUGGUGCGACGGAAGAAGCCGAAGGUUUGCCGAAGUGUGAUGAAUACACAGCCGUAGCCGCACAGACAUGCCUUAGUCAGAUGCCAGUCUGUGUGUAUAAGGACAUGGCAGCUGUGACUGAGAUGGACGGAGGCCAUGAAGUCAAUGGAGCAGGCCAAGAGAGUCACAUCACCCCCAAACACAUGCAAACCGAGGUGAGCUCCCAGACCAGGGAUUCAGCAUCUUUGCCCUGCGCCUCUGACGUGACACUGAAUGGCAUCACAUCAUUUGAAGAAGACACCGCCCAGUCCCAUCCUUUUCCUGAGGCUCCCACUGUUAGGAGUGUAGUGUGUGAAGUUAAUGGAGCAGGCCAAGAGAGUCACAUCACCCCCGAAUACAUGCAACCCAGGGUGAACUCCCAGACCAGUGAUUCAACAUCUGUAACAACUUUGCCCAGCGCCUCUUACGUGACACUGAAUGGCAUCACAUCAUUUGAAGAAGACACCGCCCAGUCCCAUCCUUUUCCUGAGGCUCCCACUGUUAGGAGUGUAGUGUGUGAAGUUAAUGGAGCAGGCCAAGAGAGUCACAUCACCCCCGAAUACAUGCAACCCAACGUGAACUCCCAGACCAGUGAUUCAGCAUCUUUGCCCUGCGCCUCUGACGUGACACUGAAUGGCAUCACAUCAUUUGAAGAAGACACCGCCCAGUCCCAUCCUUUUCCUGAGGCUCCCACUGUUAGGAGUGUAGUGUGUGAACUUUCUGACGACCACUGUGCUUUUGUGUCACCUUUGAACAGUGACGCUGAUAACCUUGAUAUGGCACAUAUUCCAAGAAGUCUAUCUGAGGAGGAUGAACAGCUUUUGAUUAAUUAUGUCGGUUUGGAUGGAUUGUUGCCCACACCUAAUGGCUCCCCAGAUGACGAGGCGAGGAUCCAUCCCCAGGGUUUAACAGCCUUUGAGAGCUUCACCAAACCUGCAGAGAGUUUUGACUUGGGUGCAGAAGCAGAUGUUGAUUCAUACACAGCAGGGGCUAAGACUGAUUUACUUGCACUAGCAAGUCUGGCGUCUGACUCCGUGGACCAUCAUGAAAGUAGAUUGGAGGCAGCGGUGUGCUCAUCCCCAACUGGGCUUUUGGCCAUGGGAAUGGAGGUGUUUUUUUUUAAGAGUAGCCCUUCCCCGAAUGAAAUGAGACUUGGGCCUCUGUCCGAGGGCUGGGAGGAGGAGAAAUCAAAGAAGCUCUCGGAUGGAGUAGCAGCGCAGCAACCAGUCAUUCAGCCUCGGGAGGAGAAUGUGAAAGUGACUGAUGCAUUCGCCCACAGUGAUACCUCACAUGAAUUCGCCGUCAAGGACAUGCCGGCAUUCACAUUGUGCUCUGACGCAGUUGUCCCUGGAUCACACACUGCUCCCACUGAGGAUGUGACAAAAGAGAGCACAGCGCUGCAUGUUUUCUCUGACUGUGUGCCUCUGGGUUUCGACUCGUUUGAAAAAGUAAAAAUCUCUCCUGACAGUGAUCUUGAAAAUAGCCCACUCCUUGACAGCUCACUCACGGUUUUGGCUGCAGCUGCAGUCUCACAAGUUCUCAUAGUUCCUCCAGCUGAUCAUGGCCCUGUGACGUCAGCACACUGUGGGAUCCAUUCAGACGAGACGACAAUUGAAUUAAUAUCACAUUGUAAAGACAAUUGUCCAGUUUAUUCACAGGACAGAGGCACCAGAUGGGGAGGAGAGGAAAGCCAAAAGAGCAUUAUCGCUGUGUCUCCUCAACAGAGUCUCUCUCCCCUUGAGCCUAAAGAAAACAUCUGCCUAUCAGACAGGAUCACAGACUGUGACAUUCCUCUGUUUGAAAUGAAAGAGAUGUUUGACUUAGUCAUUGAAGAGCUGUGCUUAUACUUUGAGAUUGAUCGAGAAGAAGAGGAGGAGGAGUCAAGUGAGUUAUAUACAGAGUCAAGAAAAGAGGAAAGUGCCCCACAUUCUAGUCCAUUUUCAAAAUCUGAAGAUGUAAUUGUGUCAAGUGACACCAUUCUUGAAGCUGAACAAGAGGAGGAAGAAUCUUCAGAUGUUCACAAGGAGCUUGACUGUGAACAAGAGGUUCCUUUAGAACAUGGUCACCCUCAUCCUGAUGGGGAGGACUCUAUGUAUUCCACCAUGAAGAGCAAAGAAUUAAGAAAAAAUGAUAACUACAUGUCCUGGUCUCCUGCGUUCCUGUCCGUUCCUUUCCUUGAACAUCUCGGAGAGGGGAAAGUGGAGACACCACCAAAAAGACUGGAGCCUCUGAAGACCUGCAGCCGCCCAAUCCGCGUGGGACUCUCCAAGAAGGCCAGGACAAAGCAGUUGCAUCAUAACCUGAAAUAAGCGCAGUCUGAGCAAUUGAACAAAGCAAGAAUGACACAGCAGGAUUGUUUUAUGAGACUACUAAGAGUACAUUGACAAAAAUAAUCCUGAAUUCCCUUGGACCCUCUUCUAAAACAUGAAGGCUGCUUAUAUCCUGAAAUUUCAUAAAAAACUAACUCUGUCAUAUUUACAAAAGAAUUGCCAAACAAUACCACAUCAUUCUCUCUUUCUCUUUGCCUUAGUCACAGAAAUGAUUGAAUGUGCAGGAAUUCCCCUUUAAUCUUUUCAAACUGUGCCACACCAGACAG